AUGGAUCACGUCAGACCCAAUGUUGGAGGAGGUGCAGGAGGACAGCCGCUGCGUCCGGUGGUUCGUCAUCGCGGCCUUGCCGUCCUCGCCCUUGCGACCACCGCCGUCGUGGCCGGCGUGCAGUACAAGAAACGGUCGAUGCAGCGGAACGAGCAGGCGCAGAAGAACUCGGGCGGGUCGAAUUACUACGUCAGCGUCGACCGCAGCGGCGGUGGUAUUUGA